UCAAUAAUGCUAGAAACUAUAACGGAAAGAACGAAUCCUGUCGCAACGGUCUACGAGCAUGAGAAGGACAUGCAGCUGAGCGUUCAGCUGAACCGUUGGAUACUACAGCCGAUCGGUGUCUGGCCGAAAUUAACUGAGAUUUCACAUAUGGAGCGAUACGCGUACGGGCUGAUAAACAUAAUUUGCACCAGCCUGAUCGGCUUCCUCUUCGUGCCUUCUGCCAUCUUCAUGGCACUCGAAAUGGAUAACACGUACCACAUCCUAAAACUUUCCGGUCCGCUGAGUUUUUGCCUAAUGGCCGUUGUCAAGUACUCCUCGCUGAUCUUCCGCGAGAACGAUAUUCGCACGGGUAUCAAGCAUAUCGAGAGCGACUGGAUGAACACCCAGCAUCACGGCGAUCGGGUCAUCAUGAUCAGGAGCGCGAAGUUCGGCCGACGUCUCGUGGCCAUCUGCGCGUUCUUCAUGUACGGCGGUGCCGUGUUCUAUUAUCUCGCUCUGCCUUUCAGUAAGGGCAAGAUCACGGAGAGCGAUGGUAACCUGACGUAUCGGCCACUGGUGUAUCCAGUCGCCCGGGUGAUUGUCGACGCGCGACACACUCCCGUCGCUGAGAUUCUCUUCUGGAUCCAAUGCUUGUCGGGUUUCAUAGCACACUCCAUCACUGCCGGUGCCUGCAGUUUGGCCGCCGUGUUCGCGAUGCACGCUUACGGCCGCCUAGAGGUUUUAAUGCAAUGGAUUGAACACCUAGUAGACGGUCGGGAAGAUUUCUGCGAUAACGUGGAUGAGAGAUUGGCAAUGAUCGUGCAGCAGCACGUUCGAAUUUUACGUUUUAUAUCGCUAACGGACAAAGUACUGCGUGAAAUAUCUGUCGUGGAAAUUGUAGGAUGUACGUUAAACAUGUGUUUUCUUGGAUAUUAUACUCUCAUGGAAUGGGAGAGUAAAGAGACUACAAGUUAUAUAACGUAUAUCGUUCUUCUUAUAUCUCUUACGUUCAAUAUUUUUAUAUUUUGUUACAUUGGCGAACUUGUUGCCGAAAAGUGCAAGAAGGUCGGCGAAGUAUCGUACAUGAUCGAUUGGCAUCUUCUAUCGGGAAAGAAGGGUCUCGCUCUCGUAUUGAUAAUCGCGAUGUCCAAUUCAUCGGUCAAACUUACAGCCGGAAAUCUCUUUGAAUUGUCCCUCAGUACUUUCGGCGACCUCUCGCACAAUCCUGUCAGUAAUCAUCGAGCUUUCACUGACUCAACAAUGCAUGAAACCGUCACAGAGAAGGCAAAUCCAGUCGCGAUCGUUUACGAUCACAAGAAGAAUAUGCAGCUGAGCAUUCAGCUGAAUCGUUGGCUUUUAAAGCCGAUCGGUGCCUGGCCGAAAUCAACCGAGAUUUCAAGUAUCGAGAGAUACGCGUACGCGCUGGUGAACAUCAUUUGCACCAGCCUGAUCGGCUUCCUCUUCGUACCCUCCGCAAUCUACCUGGUGCUCGAAAUGGAUGACGCGUACAAUAUCUUGAAACUUACUGGACCGUUGAAUUUCUGCCUGAUGGCCGUCGUCAAAUACUCCUCACUGAUCUUCCGCGAGAACGACAUUCGCAGGGGUAUCGAGCAUAUCGCGAGCGACUGGACGAACACUCAGCAUUACGGCGAUCGGAUGAUCAUGAUAAGAAACGCGAAAUUCGGUCGGCGUCUCGUGACAAUCUGCGCAUUCUUCAUGUACGGCGGUUUCACGUUCUAUUAUCUCGCUCUACCGUUCAAUAACGGCAAGAUCACGGAGGACGAUGGUAACUUGACGUAUCGGCCACUAAUGUACCCGGUCGCCAGGGUGCUAAUCGACGCGAGACACAGUCCCGUCAGUGAGAUUUUCUUCUGGAUACAGUGCCUGUCGGGUUUUAUCGUGCAUUCCAUCAGUACCGGCGCAUGUAGCUUAGCCGCUGUUUUCGCGAUGCACGCUUACGGCCGUCUGGAAGUCUUAAUACAAUGGAUAGAACACUUGGUGGACGGACGGGAAGAUUUGUGCGAUAACGUGGAUGAGAGGCUAACGAUAAUCGUGCAACAGCACGUUCGAAUCUUAGAUUUUGUAUCGCUAACGGACAAGAUACUGCGUGAAAUAUCCGUCGUGGAAAUUGCAGGCUGUACAUUAAGCAUGUGUUUUCUUGGAUAUUAUAUUAUCAUGGAAUGGGAGACUAGAGAGAUGACAAGUUAUGUAACAAACAUUACUUUAUAUAUAUCUCUUACUUUCAAUAUUUUUAUACUUUGUUACAUCGGCGAGCUUGUUAGCGAAAAGUGUAAGGAGAUCGGCGAGGUAUCGUACAUGAUCGAUUGGCAUCGUCUACCAGGAACAAGAAGCCUCGCUCUCGUGUUGAUGAUCGCUAUGUCCAAUACAUCGGUCAAACUUACCGCCGCAAAUCUCUUUGAGUUGUCUAUAAGUACUUUCGGCAACGUGGUUAAGACGUCGAUUGCCUACUUGAACAUACUGCGUACAUUAACUACGUAAAACUUGUCCGAGGUAUAGAAAUGAAUAAUACGACCACUGAUUGCAAAUAAAUGUCAAUUAGUUAUCCGAUAUGUAUCGAGAAAAAAGAGAAAUAAAUGUAAUUUUAA